AGAAGGGACAGAAUCCCAGGGUGCCUAUCCCACGCAGGUCCACUGCCUCAGUGCCCCCAUCUCACGGCACUCUCCUUGUCCCAGGCCCGGAGGCAGUCCAGUGGGGGCCACUGGGCAAGGGGCAGAGCCGGGCGGGGUGGUGCACAGCCAGCAGAGGAACGACAGGACGCUGGGUACUCCCUCCCUCACCCACCGCCCCCAACCCGCACCCAGGCCCGAUGCAGAUAUGGAAGGGCGUCGCUGGCUCUAGGGCAGGGAGGUAGCUGCCCCCAAUGGACAGAGGCGCUCGGACCCCGAGCACCCAGGGCAGGGCCCGGACCUCCUGACCCCGCCCCCGGGGAGGCCAUUCAUUUGCAUGGCCCCGCCCGAGAGCGGCCAUUGGUAGCGGCGGCGGGAGGCCGGGCCUGAGUGGCUGCGGGGCUGCGGGGCGGCGGGGGCGGCGGGGGCGGGGCAGCGCGGAGCUGGGCGCCGGGGAGGUAGUUGCAGACGCCGCGGGACAGUUUCGGCUUAGGGUCUGGGUCUGGCUCCGAGGGCGCGGGGAGCAGGGUGUCCCGGGGCGCGGCGGCUGCAGCGGGAGCGUACUGAGCGCCCGCCAGCCCGCCUGCCAUGUCCAGGAAAAAGACCCCCAAGAGCAAGGGGGGUAGCGCGCCCGCUACCUCCGCACUGCCCGCCACCCACGGGUCCCAGCCCGUGCGCCCCGGGACUGCGCGCCCUGGCCCCGAGGCACCUCCCAACAGGCCCCCGCAGCCCGGCCGGUCUUCGCUUGGCGGCGGCGGCGACUUCUACGACGUCGCCUUCAAGGUCAUGCUGGUGGGAGACUCGGGCGUGGGGAAGACCUGUUUACUCGUGCGCUUUAAGGAUGGCGCUUUCCUGGCAGGGACCUUCAUCUCCACUGUGGGCAUCGACUUCAGGAACAAAGUUCUGGAUGUGGAUGGCAUGAAGGUGAAGCUGCAGAUCUGGGACACAGCUGGCCAGGAAAGGUUCCGCAGUGUCACCCAUGCCUACUACCGAGACGCUCAUGGUGUCCUCACUGGCCCUCUGCCCCCAGCACUGCUGCUGCUCUAUGACGUCACCAACAAGGCCUCCUUCAACAGCAUCCAGGCCUGGCUGACAGAGAUCCAGGAGUACGCCCAGCAUGACGUGGUACUUAUGCUGCUGGGGAACAAGGUGGACUCUGCCCAGGAGCGUGUGGUGAAAAGGGAGGAUGGGGAGAAGCUGGCCAAGGUGAGCUGCGGUUGGGUGGGCAGCCAGAGUGCCCCUGGGGCUGCAGGGCCUGAGCUGUCCCCACCAGGUUGCCAACGGCUGUUUGCAGGAGUACGGGCUGCCGUUCAUGGAGACCAGCGCCAAGAUGAGCCUCAAUGUGGACUUGGCUUUCAUGGCCAUAGCAAAGUAAGUCCUGGCAGUUAUCAGGAAGACCCCCAGACCCAGCGUCUGAAUCCCCUUGUUGGGGGUACUGGCCACCCUAUUCCAUGGUCAUCCCUGCCCCACAGGGAGUUGAAGCAGCGCUGCAUGAAAGCUCCCAGUGAGCCUCGCUUUCAGCUGCACGACUAUAUCAAGAGGGAGGGCCGGGGGGCCUCCUGCUGCAAACCCUGAACCUGGCUGGGGAUGGCCACCAGGGUGUUCUCCUGGAAGACUGGAUAGAGUCUACACACCCCUGACUUCACCACCCAGCAGCCAGUCCCAGGGUGUCUGUUUCUAGGAAUCCCAGGCUGAGCCUUGCCCUUCCCUCGUCUGGGCAGCCAUCCAGAGCCUCAGCCCCAACAAACAGGCUUCAGGAAGCCAGAGGGUCCGCAGCCCUCCUUCACCUGCUGCUGAGGGCUGUGCCCCCAAGGCCUUCACAGAAGAGCAACCAACUUCUUCACAGGAGGGCUACCCAACAACGUAUAGACUGCCAGGCACCUGGUCCUCCGGACCACGGUGCCCGUGCCCCGUGUACAGUGCCUGAACACCUAGAAAGCCAUGUCUGCAGCUGCACAUCCUGCCCAGGCAGGAUUCCUGCCCACACCUGGGGCAGAGGGCUUCACCACAAAUCAUAUCAAGGACCAGAGCUGCCUGCUACCAGCCCACCCACCAGGAGGCCCUGGUUCAAACAUCAACAGGGUCUUUCAUGUUACCCUGGAGGAUGCCAAGGCUGUGGCUUUGUAAUGCAGUGAAUAGCAUGUGGGAAGCCACAGAAAUGUCAGGCAAACCAGGACUGCCAGCCCUCGCCUGCUGACUAGGGCACCAUCUCAGCAAGCUGAUACAGGGCCUGGGCUUGGCAAGGUCAAGCCAGGGGGGUGGGCAGGGCACUCCACCUUGUACUAAAAUCUUGAAGUGUUUUGAUUGAGUUUUUGUUUCCAGUCCUAGUGAAUAAAGUUGUGUUUUCUGGAAUGCCUACCUUGUCCAUUGAAAAAAAACAAUGCUCAGGGACUGUUAGUGAGGAAUUACAGGAAUUAAGAGU